UCCCUUUCUACCUAUUUUCAACUAAAAAUGACUCGUGGGUUUAUUCUUGCUUUCAUCCAAUUUGUAUUACUUCAAGUAACACUCAUGGAGCCCACUGAGGUCACCGGGUACAUUGGACAGUCUAUCACAUUGAAAACCGGGGAAAGUCCUUCCUCACAGCUUACUCAGGUUGAAUGGUCCAUAUUUAAGAAUACGACUAUUAUAGCAAAGCUUAAAGAUGGCUCUCAGUCUCUCAAUCGGUUCUGGCGAUACAAGGGUAGACUACAACUGGAUCAUACCACUGGCGACCUGUUCAUUAAAAAACUGAUUCAAGGGGACAAUUUGACAUACUCUGUGGAACUCAAAAAUGGAGAUAAAAGAAAGACACAUAAAAUCAUUCUAAAAUUACGAGAACCUAGGAGCAAGCCUGAGAUAAACAUCACAUACAGCAUGCUGAAAGCAAACCAGUGUGUCAUUAUGCUGAGGUGCUCAUCGACUGAAGAGGAUGUCCAAUUCUACUGGAACGCUAUGGAUAACUUUGUGGAGCCAUACUGGUCAGGAACCUCAAACCAAAACUCUAAUGAGUCUGCCCUGUGGACAUCCUUCAGUCCAAACAGAAAUGUGACCUUCACCUGUGCAAUCCGCAAUGAGGACAGCGUGUCCAGCGAUUUGACAGUGAAAUGUCUAGAAUGUCGACAGAGGUUGAUCCCAGAGAACUUAAGGCAGUUGCGGAAUUAG